AUGGGGAUACGUUUACAGUCCUCCGAUAGUAUGAAUAAUCAGCAUCAAACACAACAGAAUAAGUAUUUCAACGUAUCCAACCAGGCAUCCACCCGGAGCCUGUGGUCGCAGCAACAGCAACAGCAGCUUCUCGAUACCAAAGGCAGCGCCAGCACGUCCAAAUCGCCGAUGCUAAUGGCGAAUAACAAUGUGUUCUCGAUAGGGCCAUAUCGGCAGCGGAAAGACGCCGGUAGGGUGUCAGUGCUGGAGAAGUACGAAAUCAUCGGCUAUAUUGCAGCAGGAACAUACGGCAAAGUGUACAAGGCCAAGGCUAAGGAGACUCAGGAGGAGCAGGAGAACAGCAUUCACACACAUAAUCAGACGUUGGGAUCUGUGUCCGUUGCGGGAAUUGACGGAGGCAUGGCGUCCAGAGAGGUCGAAAACGGCGGCGACGACCCUCUGCGACUGGACGGGCACGGCGGGAUUGCGGUGGCUCCGGCGGCCGGCGGCGGGUUAUCGAGUGCGGCGGCGCAUCGGGCGCGAAGCAACGGGGCGGUUAAGGCUCUGCCCAAGAAGAGCGCCUUCACGCCAUUCUACGCCAUCAAGAAGUUCAAGACGGAGCGGGAAGGCGUGGAGCAGCUGCAUUACACCGGCAUCUCGCAGAGCGCCUGCCGAGAGAUGUCGCUCUGUCGGGAGCUGGACAACAAGCAUCUCACGAAACUGGUGGAGAUCUUUUUGGAGCGAAAGAGCAUUUACAUGGUCUCGGAGUUUGCAGAGCAUGAUCUUCUGCAGAUUAUCCAUUUCCACUCGCAUCCGGAGAAGAGACUGAUCGCGCCCAGAAUGCUCAAAUCGAUUAUGUGGCAAAUAUUAGACGGCGUUUCGUACCUGCAUCAGAACUGGAUACUGCAUCGCGACCUAAAGCCUGCCAACAUCAUGGUUACAGUUGAUGGGUGUGUAAAAAUAGGCGAUUUGGGCUUGGCGCGCAAGUUCUACAACCUGGUGCAGACAUUGUACACUGGGGACAAGGUGGUCGUUACAAUAUGGUACAGGGCACCAGAGCUCCUCCUGGGUGCACGGCACUACUCGCCCGCAAUUGAUCUCUGGGCAGUGGGCUGUAUAUUUGCAGAACUAAUAGGUCUGCGCCCAAUCUUCAAGGGUGAGGAGGCGAAGAUGGAUUCAAAGAAAAGCGUUCCGUUCCAAGGCAAUCAAUUGCAAAGGAUACUCGAAGUUCUGGGCACCCCUACACAUCACACCUGGCCGAAUAUCCAUAAGUAUCCGGAAUAUGAACAGUUGUCUAAAUUCUCGAAAUACAGAGAUAAUCUUUCAGUUUGGUAUCACUCCUCUGGUGGCCGGGACAAGGCCGCGCUCAGUCUGCUCUAUAGUCUACUAAAGUACGAUCCUAUUACCAGGAUCGACGCCAUUGAUGCAUUAGAACACGAAUAUUUCACCAAUAAUGAUCCUCCCGUGUCUUCCGACGUAUUCGAAGGAUUGAGUUACAAGUAUCCUCCACGAAGGAUACAUACAAGCGAUAAUGAUAUUAUGAACGUAGGUGCUAAUAAAAAUAAAAGUGGAUUUAAUCACCAUCCUCCACAACAACAGACAGUUAAUAACAAUGGGGUUACAAACAGUUCGAUUGGCGGACUAGGUGUUAAUAGACGUAUUUUGGCUGCUGCCGCUGCUGCCGCUGCUGCUGUCCAAGUGAAUGGGACGAACAUAGUGUCAGGGAGCUCAUCUUCUAAUGGUCCAAUAAGGAAAAAAAAGCGUUAA